AUGGCGGCGACAACCGGAGCAACGCUCGCCACAUCAUCCGCCGAGUCACUGAACCUCGACCCCCGAGCAACGGCGCUAUGGUCGGACAGCAGCAACGUUCUGCACUGGAUCACCAACUACAGCCGCACCUUCAAGCAGUUUGUGGCUAGUCGAGUGGGCGAGAUUCAACGGCAAACCAAUCCUACCCAGUGGCGGUACGUGCCCACCGCGCUCAAUCCAGCCGACCUGGUCUCUCGAGGAAUGCCAGUGCAAGAGUUGGCGGGAAGCAGUUUAUGGUGGAACGGUCCCGGCUUCUUGGGUGCCGCUGAAAGUGAAUGGCCAGUUCAGCCAGAAUUGAAGCCCCGUCCGUCAACUCUGGAGUUGAAGAAAGUCAAUCAACCGACGGACGAGUCCAUCGAGCUGACUGCGGUGACCGUCGACCAAUGCCACAGCGAGCUGAAUCGUCUAGAGCCAAGCCGCUACUCCGACUGGGUACGAAUGUGCCGUGUUCAUGCUUGGUUUGUGCGAUUCGCUACGAAUUGCUCAGUACCACCCGCACAACGAGAGUUUGACGAAUUAUCGCCACCAGCGAUCCGAGACUCUGAGGAGUUCUACAUCAAGCGAGCGCAGCAACAGUCGCUACCAGAGUAUGCUGCAGUUAAGGCAGGCAAGCCGAUCCCUGCAACCAGCAAGCUGGUCUCGCUCAAGCCAAUGAUUGACGACGCUGGCCUUCUACGCGUCGGAGGUCGACUACAGCAUGCAGACUUCUUGACUGCAGAACAACGCAAUCCGAUCGUCCUACCACGAGGGGAUCAUGUGACACAGCUGAUUGUCAAGGCAUGCCACGAACGAGGAUGUCACGCGUUCGGUGUCAGCCAUACGCUAGCCAAACUCUCGUCGCGCUACUGGAUCGUCGCUGGCCGCGAAGAGGUGCGAGCUUGGGAAGCCAAGUGUGCGAGGUGCGCCCGGAACCGUACGAAGCCGGCAAUGCAGGUGAUGGCGCCACUACCUAAGGUCCGAGUUAGCCUGCCGCUACGCGCAUUCGCCGAGUCUCUGUAG